AAAUUUCAAAGUCCGUACCAAAACUACGUAGCCUGACUUGUAGUAAUAAUAACCAGAUACGCAAGCCAAGGUGAAAAUGGACCUGACAUCUCCUCCGCGGCUUCUGCGCAGCUUCAGCCUCAUGCUGCCGCUCCCCCGUCGUCGUGUGGUUGCGGAUGAAGACGUAGAGCUCGUCGUUCUACUGGAGAUCGCCUUCAACGCGCCGCUUUCGUACAGAGAUCGCGUGCUCAUUCCAGACUUUCGACUCGACAUCCUUGUCAUGGCUGACGACGAAGCAUUGGACCAGUCCCGCUUCAUUUCUAGUGAUUUGGAGCGCCUUGUGGUACACUUGCAGAUCCGCGAUCCAGUUAUAACCAAGGAGGGAGUCCGAGCGACUCCACUGGAAGCUCUGGCAGUUUGUCUUCGUCGCAUGGCGUUCCCUCAGCGCUGGAUCGACAUGGCGGCCAUGUUUGGCAGAGCUCCGUCGACACUUUGCCAUAUAUUUUAUUUUGUGGUGGAGCACCUUGAUGCAAAGUUUGCAGACCUUCUCUACUUUGACGUGGAUCGAGUUACCGCCAACCUAGAUCGCUACUGCCGUGCGAUUGCUGCGAAGAACCCGAACCACAUCGAGGGCGUCUGGGGCUUUAUUGACGGAACAGUGAGACCCGUUUGCCGUCCAAGCUUAGGUCAAGAAGCGCUGUACAAUGGACACAAGCGAGUGCAUGCAUUCAAGUUCCAGACGGUCGUGGCUCCUGACGGCAUCAUUUGUCAUCUUUUCGGCCCCGUGGAUGGAAGACGUCAUGACAUAUACAUGCUGAGACAGAGUGGAUUACCAGAGCUGCUUGAAGACAAUUCAGAGUUUCAUGGGAAGCUGGUGUACGGUGAUCCUGCUUACGGGUGCACUGACGUGUUCUGCUGUCCUUACAAAGGUUGUAGCAUUAACCCUCACCAGCACGCGGUGAACAAGGGUAUGAGCUCUAAGCGUGUGUCGGUGGAGUGGUCAUACGGCCAGAUAACCAGGUACUUUUCGUAUCUGGACUUCACGCGGCACCAGCCAUCUGCAACGACUCCUGUUGCUACCAUCUACAAGCUCGGGGUGUUGUUUACGAACUGCAUAACGAUUGCACGCGGUGGAAACACAAACUCGCGCUUCUUUGGAUGUAAACCACCUACGUUCGAAGAGUACUUCAGUUCUACCACCGACUAAGUCGAUAAUAAUUAAUUCGUUCGAUUUCCAGCGUCGUAGAAUAUCAGGAAAAACUCACCCACACACACCAAUAGAACUCUGAAAUUACCAGC